GGGUGUGUGUGUGGUACAAAUAAAGCGCUCCUCCCCUUAUAAGCCUCCCCCACUGUCCGUCGGCUCUCAUUUUACCAGGACCUAGUGUGGCCUUCAUUUCAUGGACUUCGCCAGUCAUGAUUUUAACGUUUGUGUUGCUGCUGUUGGCUGUCCAAAGCGUUGCUCCAGUGGAGGCUAACGGGGACGGCCUUCUGUCAAGACAAAAAAGGCACUGGGUUCCCCCGCCAAGACCUCUCACGGAAAAUAAGGACUACACUCAGGUGCCAUCGGUUGCCAAGAUCCAUUCCGACUUUGAUGAUGGCAAAGGCAACCUGAAGUACUUUCUGGAAGGUGUGGGGGCGAACCAGUCCCCUACAAACGUGUUUGUGGUCGACCAUAACACCGGGCUCAUUCGGGUGACCAAAGUGCUCGACAGGGAGUUCAUCAGCAUGUAUAAUCUGUCAGGCGUCGCUAAGUACAAAGAUGGCCGGGAGGCGGAGAAAAAAAUUGACAUACGCUUCAAGGUCGUGGACGAGAACGACAACUCUCCCAUAUUUUCUGCCAUCCCGCCUGGGGCGGUGAAUGAGCUUAGCCCUAUAGGGACGUCCAUCAUGCAAAUCACUGCGACUGAUGCUGAUGAACCAGGAAAUCCUAACUCUCAGAUCUUCUAUAGCAUCGUGGAUCAGAGCCCACCAGGGCCAGGGAACAUGUUCGCCGUGGGGAGUGAUGGAACCGUCUUUGUCAAUCGGGCUGACUUGGACAGAGAGGAAGUAGAUAUGUACACUUUGACGGUAAAAGGUCAGGACCUAAAUGGUGCGAGAGGCGGGAAUAGUGCAACCAGUACUGUCGUCAUUAAAAUCAACGAUGUGAAUGACAACGUUCCCACUCUGGAGAAGGAAGCGUAUGCGGGCAGCAUUGAGGAGAACACGUAUGGUGUGGAAGUGAUGAGAAUCAAAGCACAAGACCUCGACCUGAAGGGCACGGAAAACUGGGAGUCUGAGUUUGGUAUCAUCACAGGCAAUGAGGCCGGUUACUUCAGCAUCAUAUCGGACCCGAAGACCAACGAGGGCAUCCUCAUGCUUGAUAAGGCAGUGGACUAUGAGAAUGUAAAGAACUUGGACCUAGGGAUCGCUGUAAGGAACAAGGCUGGGCCCUAUAAUGUAGGCACCAUUAGUUUAAAUGGAAAUGGAAACAGUAAUGGAGUCAGUGAUGGAUCAUCAUCAUCCUCAUCAUCAUCAUCCUCAUCAUCAUCCUCAUCCUCAUCAUCAUCAUCAUCAUCAUCAUCAUCAUCAUCAUCAUCAUCCUCAUCCUCAUCAUCGUCAUGGCAAAGCACAACAUAUAGGUCGUAUAAGACCUAUCCCAUCAAAAUCAACGUAAAGAAUCAGCGUGAAGGACCACAUUUUGAUCCCAAAGUCAAGGUGAUUACCAUGUCAGAGGGAGGCUCCACCAGCAUUACAAACAUUAUUGCCCGCUACCAAGCGAUGGACCAGGACACUGGCAAAAUAGCUGAGAAUGUCAGAUAUGUUAAAGGUUCUGACCCUGACAACUGGCUCACCAUCGACCCAGACACGGCUGAGAUCAGGAUGAACAAGAUGCCUGACAGAGAGUCUACUUUCCUGGUCAACGGGACAUACUAUGCCAAAGUACUCUGCAUUUCAGAAGACAUGCCCUCAAGCACCGCCACUGGCACCGUGGCCAUCCAGGUGGAAGAUUUUAACGACCACUGUCCCACCCUGACAAGUACCAUCGAGACGAUGUGUAUUCCACAAGAUGCUGUUUUUGUCACCGCCAUCGACGAGGAUGACUUCCCAAACGGAGCACCUUUCACCUUUGAAAUCAUUCCAGAAGGCACUAAAGGCAAAUGGCAGGUGGAACAUCUUAAUGAUACUACAGCCCUCCUGAGGGCCCAGGAGUCCAUGUGGCCUGGUUUACACGAGGUGGAAUUGCUGGUGAAGGACGAGCAGGGGGUGGCGUGCCCGGAACCGCAGAAGGUGACGGUCCAAGUGUGUACCUGCAAGGAGGGAGUGAUGUGUGGAGUACGAGGUGGCCACAGAUCAGGGUUAGGACCUGCAGGCAUUGGACUGCUGUUACUGGGCCUGCUGCUGCUACUACUCAUCCCUCUUCUGCUGCUCUUCUGCCAAUGUGGUAGCGCUGCAGGCAUGCCAGGAGGCUUUACCGAGUUGCCAUUCGACACCAAAGCACACCUCAUUAAUUACCGCACUGAAGGCCAAGGAGAGAACACGGAGGUGCCGUUAAUGAACAUGCCAACACAAGUGGACACUGUGGACAUAGUGGCUAAAAAUGAAGCGAUCAAAACUUCCUUGUUUCAAGAGGGCUUGGCGAGUAACUUCAGAGAGUCCACACUAGGACUGAGGAACAUGCGAGGCAGCGGGUUCUACUCAGAGUAUGAAAGCAGAGCGGCAGCAGGAAGUUAUGACGACAUCGCUCUACCACAUCACAUCCUCAAACAGUACUAUGCUCAGAAGAUCAACAGUGGAGGAGACCUUGCAGUAAAGGAUGGUCUCUUGACAUAUGACUUUGAGGGCCAAGGCUCCUCCGCUGGCUCAGUGGGCUGCUGUAGCCUCCUGGAGGCUGACAAUGACCUGCAGUUCCUCGAUGACCUUGGGCCAAAGUUUAAGACGCUGGCAGAGGUGUGCGGUGGCAAGAACAUCCAACAAGAUGUUGUGAUCCCUAAGGUACCUGAACCCCUACCAGAACUUCCCAGGCUUCCACCAGUUGUACCCAAAGUAGAACAUACGGUUAUCAGCGAGACAGAUCGCUCUCAGGUACUGAAGGAAAACACAAUGACCAAAGUGGUGGAAGAGGUCGAAAAUCAAGGCCAGAUGUUCCUGCUCCAACAGCAGCAGCCUGUUUACUACACCGCCACUGCCCCUGUGCUGCAACCCAUGCAGUACGUGGUCCAGCCACAAGUCCAGAACACCCUGCUGCUGGCUGAGGCACCAGCUACUAACCUCCAGGGCAUGAUGCUAGCGGCACCCACACAAGGCAUGCUCGUGCAGGGGCAGACGGUGGUGUCUGGCGGGCAUGCCCAGGCCCCCGGCAUGGUGCUGGUUACUGGUCCGCAGGCGGCCCCUGCACAAGGCAUGGUAGUCCAAGGACAGAAGGUGGUCUCUGGUAGAAAGGCUCAUGGGCCUGGCGUGGUGCUGGUUACUGGCACCCAGGCAGCCUCUGCACCGGGUGUGGUACUUCAGGGACAAUCAGUGGUAACAGGUGGAAAAGCUCAUGCCCCCAGUGUAGUCCUGGUAGAGAAUGGUGGGGUCCAGGCUGGUGGAGGAAAUCUGAUCAACACUGGAGGCCUUGCAAGCUCCCACACCGUGAUAGAAGGCAAAGUCCCAUUAGGGAAAGUUCUAAGGUCAAGCCAAACCUCCCUCAAACAAGGUGGAAUUCUACUGCCAGGAGUAUCUGCUGGUGGACAAGCACAAACCCUCCUAGCAGAAGGAGGAGCGUCCCUGAAAAGCAACAUCCCAGCAUCUCAGACCAGCAUGACGAUUAAGUCAGGCACCACAGUGAGCAGAGUCCCUACUUACCGCAAAGUGGUGGUGCAGGAGGAGAAACUCACUGAACUGUGACCCCACCAAAUGACUUUUUAAAGCAACGGCAACUUUUGUCAAGACAAUUCCUCUAGUAUGUUCUUACUGUGCAUGCCAUUUCUGGUGAUGGGGGCCCUGCAGCAAUCUGUCUGAAAGUGACACUUUAUGUGGCUGCCUGUUUAUCCUUCAACAUCCUCACUGUCAACACACCCAUGGAAGGCAAUCUGGGAGACCCAACCAAGACCCAGAUAACAUUGUCUUCUAUGCAAUGAAGCCCACUGUGGGCCUACUCAUUUUUGCUACACCAAAUUCCCGAAUGUUCCUUUGGGUGUAUCCAUUGUUCACCCCAGUAGGAUAUGUUGGCUCCUAACCAACCUAAAAGAACAGUCCAGACGUCCACCAUCAAUUACCAUCUAAUCCUUGCUUGUUUAAUGUUUUAUGCUAUGGCAAAUGGAAUUACAUCAGCAUAUACUAUAUGUAAAAAAAUAACAACACAAUGGCAUCUACACAAGCUCCCAUUGGAUGGAAAUAUGCGGACAAUUUCAACAACAUUUUGGAGCAUUCAUUCCAAAUAUUGUAAAGUGUUCACUCAAGGUUGCGAGCAUACAAUUCUCCAAAAUAUCUUGCUAAAAUGGAGAAUUAAGAUUCACGGACAAAUAAGGACUGAUUGAUUCGUUCAUUGGCCGAAGGCUUUUGUCCAUAUAGUUUGUUUUCUAUUCAUGAUUUGCCCUCUCUACUUUCCAGAGUAAUCGGACCGUAAAUCAAACGUUUCUGCUGACUAAUUAGAAUCCUGGUGAGGCUAUGUCUAGUUAGGACCGGUGUAACAUCUCAAAACUGUACCCUGAGAUAAAUGACGGUAUUAAAGAGGAUGCUGCACAAGUGCUUGUUAUACAAAAGAGCACAUCAUCUCAAGUCAAGUGCCAAAUAGGUAUUCACACUUGUGUGUUUGAGUGUAACAAAAAAAAGCAUGUUUCUUGCAACAGGGAGAGCUAUUUUUGUUUUUAUAAGACAGGAGAAGGUUUUCAUUUAUUUUUAGUCUUGAAUUUGAAGAUGUUUUCUAUACAAGAAUAAAAGACAGUGUGGAAA